UCAGCUGUUAUGUUCUCUGUAGACGAUGCUGUGAAUAAGGCUGGAUAUGGAGCAUUCCAGGUGCGACUAACCUGUCUGGCAGGACUCGGAUGGCUGGCUGAUGCCUUCGAAAUCAUCAUCUUGUCUGUGAUUGGAGAUUUUAUUGCAUGCGACUGGCCAUUAUACAGAUGGCAGAACGCCCUGCUGACAUCUGUUGUGUUUGCUGGUAUGAUGAUAGGCAGCCCAGUCUUUGGAUCCGCUGCAGAUAUAUACGGUAGGAAAAAGUCUCUUGCAGCAUCUGUGACUCUUCUGUUUCUGUUUGGGGCCGUGAGUGCGGCUUCUCCGUCUUACACGUGGAUGGCCAUCUUCAGAUGUUGCAUGGGAUUCGCUCUCGGAGGCGUUGCGCAGGGACUGACCUUAUGCUGUGAAUAUUUCCCGACAAAUAUCCGAGGAAAAGCAGGAUUCUACUUGUGUUACUUUUGGUCUGUCGGCACAAUCUGCGUCAUACUCAUGACAUGGGUGAUCAUGGAAUAUUUGAACAACUGGAGAGUUCUCAUAGCCGCUGCUUCCCUACCUGCGUUUAUAGUCAUCAUUUCUCUCAAGUGGUAUCCAGAAAGCGCCAGAUACUAUCUGGUAAGCAACCAGCACGAGGAAGCGAGGAAGAUUUUGGAGAAGAUGGCCACCAUGAAUGGAUCACAGCUACCCUACGGCCGUCUCAUCGAGGUGUCGCAGUGCAGAAAAAGAGGAAGGAUCUCGGACCUGCUCGGCAAAGACUACAGGAGACAAACUCUCCUCUUUUGGUACAUUUGGCUGGCUGUAGCGUUUGCUUAUUAUGGUAUUGCUCUUAUCAGUCCUAUCGUCAUUCAGAAGGGAAGCCUCCUAGCAGAUCAAGGAGCAAAUUCCACGCAUAUUUCAUAUUUUGAUGAUUUAGCACAGCGCGUGCAGUGUACAAAGUUCACUCAACAAAACUAUAUUGAUCUGCUCUGGACUAGUGCUGCAGAAUUUCCAGGCCUUAUUAUCUUUACCUUCCUCGUAGAGCACUGCAACCGCAAAGUACUUCUAGGUACAUCCUGCGGAAUCAGUAGUGUACUUAUCUUCCUUUUGCUGCUGAAUACACAGUACAAAAUCAUCAUCCUGUUGUUUCUGUUUGGAACUCGAGCUAUCAUUGUAGCUGUAUUUCAGCUCAUUUUUGUGAUGACGACGGAGGCCUUUCCUACAUCUCUCCGAGCAAUAGCAAUGGGCUCAGGUAGCUCCUUUUGCAGGUUGGGUGGCAUGGUAAUACCUUAUGUGGCGCAAGUGCUUGUGAUCGAAAAUCCUGUUGGUGCAGUAUCUUUGCUGGGAGGCUGCAUAUUGUUAGCUGCAGUGGCGGCGUAUUUCCUUCCUUUAGAAACAAGAGGAGCAGAAAUGAAGGUAAAUUACCCCCCCCCUUUUUUUUUUUUUGAUACUCUUAUGCCGGGCUGUCGCUGUAAAAUACGCGACGUAGCCGGCUCGAUGAUAUACUUAUCCCAGAAUGGGCAAAUGACGUUGAACUGUCUGGACAGAUUUAUCAGAAACAUGGUGCUGCCGCCACACCAUACUACAGGAUUCAUUCAUUGGAAAAGAGUUUUAGCAAGAUUAACUGAGCAUGAAGUGUCUGGAAUCGACAGAGGUGCAUGA